AUGUUUUACUACCCAGAUGUCCUCCGCCGCCAUUCUGGAUGCUUUUCCACAGUUUGGUUAGCAGCCACCAGAGGUAUCAGGGUCACUCGCAGAGAGCUUCUCAAAGUCAAUGUCAAGCGAACAUGCUUAGACAUUUUGGACUAUGUGACAGCUCAGGUCCCUGCACCACAGCCCAACCUCCCAAGACCUCGAUUCUCUCUCUACCUGUCGUCCCAGCUACAGUAUGGAGUGAUUGUAGUCUACCACAGGCAGUGUGGCUUCCUGCUUGAUGAGGUUCAACAAACCGUUGACCGCCUGCUGCGCUCCAAAGGAUGCAAAAGUAUUGACAUGGCUGCGUCUGACAGACUGGCCUUGGACAUGCCUGACAACCUGCACAUGAUGGAGGCGGUCGAGGGAGCUCAGGAUCCCUUCUUUGGUCUCAUGGAAUCACAGCAACUCCCCAGUCCCUACAAAAUACUCCAGCCCGGGUUGGUGAUAGCAGAGGUGGGUUCACAGCACUCCCUGGUGCCCAGUCCCCACACCGCACUCGACAAAGAGGGUUUCAGGUCACCUCCAGCUGCCAUCACCCUGAGAGAGAAGGAGCAGUUUGUCAUCACCACUGCUGAGUAUUUUGAGGGAGAUGAACUUCCUGAGGCCACAGCAAGAGAGAUUGACUUGCUGAUGGAUCAACCAGACCAGUUCCGCGGAGAAGUGGAGGAGAGGGGGAGGAGCGGGGAGCUUGAAGGAGGAAUGUCUUCUAUUGACCAGCUGAGAGAGACAGUGGUGGGAACAGAAAGGGACAGUGAGUGGCUGCUUGGCGACGAAUUGGGUCUACCUGUGGAGGUUCCCGUAGCAGCUGCUGCCCUAGAGACGACCCCGCUGCAGGUUGUUAUGCUAGCCUUAUCCUCUGAGGUAUCUGAGAGAGACGGAGACAGAGCCACACAGAGUUCUUAUAACGAGGUGGUUGUUCGUCCUAUCAGGAAGCCUGGUGGAGGUCGCAGGCGCCAGCUGGUCUUUGCAGAUCCUGAGGUCCAGAUAUCUGACAGAGCCAUGAAGGAGCAGAUUGAAAACCCACUGGCUGAAACAGUCAACCUGUCUGAGGUGUUGUUGGACUUGCCUUCCUUGACCAAGCGUGCCUCUCCUGCUCAGCUCUUCAGCGCCCCCUGUGGAUCACUCCACCAUGCUGACCUCCACUCACUGUGGAAGCAGUGUGCCUCGCUCACUGCCCUGUCUGGAUGCGAGAAAAACCAGAGGUGGGAGGAUGAAGAAGAGGAGGAUGAGAAGAGAGAGGAUAGAGAAAUACUGAGGACAGAGAGGAAGAGGAGGCACUCGAGCAUGAAGGAGAUACCCAGUGAGUCAGAACCACAACCUGCAGAGGGCUCAUCUGUGUUAGAUGUGAUCUUGGACAUGUCCAAAGAGGAGAAAUCUCUAAGCGAUGUAAUCACUCCAAUCAGUAGAUGGUCUCCGCAGGAGGAGGCCCAGCUAGCAAUGGAACCUAUAGCAGAGGAAAACAUUGAGAUGCCUGAGGCUCAGACUGACGCAGAGGGCAGGGACAUGCUGAGCUGGGUCUCAUCCAGCCUGCAGAGAUCUGGAGAAGUCACCUUCGACUCUCUGCUGCCCCCGAAGGCCGACCGCACCACUGCAGCUCACACACUCUACAGACUGUUGGAGCUGCUGUCUGCCCGACACGUGACUGCACGACAGCCCGAACCCUACAGUCACAUCACCAUUAAUCCUGCAGCACUCAGCAUGACUGCCUGA